CGAAUUUUUAUUCGCAGCUACCGGUGCCUCUUAUCUGAGAGAACGAAUCUGGCUUAACGAAUCACAACUGCCAUUCGGUCUAUGGCAGGACGAUAUGCUAAUGAUCCCGACGGACAGUUCUUCAAUGGUCCAACCUCACCGCUAGAUGUUUCAUUUUCACCGUCGCAUAAAAGGCGGACCUCGAUCUUAUCGACCAGCUCCUCAACCACAUUCGAGUGGCCCCUGGAGUCGUUCAAUGCUUUUACACGACGAGCAUCUACAUCCUCCAUGUCUUUGCUUGGCCUAAGCAGCGGUGCUAGCGCCAAUCGCGACGAUACAAACAAGGUUAUGAAUUCUCUGACAGAGAGCAUGCGAGAUUCCCUUGGCGAUGCCUCGGCCAUGUACACCCGUGUAGCGGAAAACUCACAAAAGAAGGUGGUUCAGCUGGUGAAUGAUCGAAGGACAAUGAAAGAACUCAACACGCAAGUUCAAACAAGGCGAGACGAUAUAAAAGAAGCUGCGGAAUUGAUAGAGAAUAUUCAACGCAAUGACACGUUUGGAAAGCUAUUAACCUUGAUCAAUGAAACGCUUCAAACAAUCGACCAUGACAAUAAAAAGUCGGGAGGCUAGAUUAUCUAUUAAUGUCUGAACAAAUGUGAUCUAUCUAUGUACAAAAAUGCUUGACAAGUGGUUUGUCUCCAGUCCAAAGCUUGGAUAUUAAGGCAAUAGGUUAGGUCUAAUAGUGUAGCGUAAAAAAAAAAGGGGGAGGGAACAUAUA